AUGAAUACCAUUCGGAAUCCAGACGCCAUGAAGUCUCAAAACCCUCGCCGGGGACGUCACGUUUCACGACCUCCAUCGCUCGCCUCCACAGCAGACGUUCAUGCAUCGCGCUCGCGCUAUCAGUUGAAGAAGAAUCAAACAUUUCACUCGAAAAGCCCCUCUUCGUCCGAUGAUGAGGAUCCCCUCGCGGACCUAGCCUGCUCACCUCGUCGCUCCUCGACCUCCCCUGCCGCCCUUCAAGCCAUUCUCGCCGGUCAGCAACGUAUGCACAAACUUUUGAGUCGCUUCGACCUAGAUUCUAGCGACUCAGCGCCUCGACAAGAGCGCGACGGCCUCCCAGUUCCCAGGGGUUACCUUGAGAUUCACCUCGAGCGCUCACAAUCCGGCAAAGGAGAUUCCUUCCAUUACGAUCUACGCAGAGGCCCCUCGAGGAAGGAUUCGCAGACCAAGGUCAGGAAGGUGCACUGCCACCCUUCUGAUAGUGGUCUAGGAACAUCAAUUAGCAGCUGCGAGACCUCAUCCGCACGCCAAGGUGAGCUAUCAUUGUUACAGGCUCCUGACAUGCAUUUUAAUCUAAUUUUGCCUGCAGCCAAAGAGAGCCGCUCAAAGACAGUCACGCGCACACAGUCGGCUAUCACUAGCUCUUUAAUGGCUGUUGAGCCGGAAUCUGCUUCGAAGCAGAAUCUCAGCCUCAGCGCAAGCGAGGAGAUUGAAAAGCGAAUCCUCACCCCCCUACUCGGGCAGGAGUUUUGCAAGCCCUUCCAUCACCUUGUCGAGAGCGCUCGCGAGCAGAUCGAGAAGAAGCAGAUUGGUACUCUUCGUGAUCUUGAGAAGUCUCUCCUCCACGGAGCUGCUGACGUGGAAGCGGAGGUUGGCUCUUACUACCAGUUCUGCAGUUCUACUAUCUUGUGUCUGAGUGAGACGUACACUCACCUGGACCCCCGGGACCUGUGUAUCCCUACGGAUAAGAGCUACAGCAACUCGUACUUUCUCGACCUCACUGCCCAGGUCCACCGUUUCAAGGCCAUGCGGGACGAGGCUCGCAAGAACAAGAAAGAGGCAUCUGAGCUCAAAUUGACCCUGGAAGGCGGCAUGAGCCAAACUGGACGUCCUCUUGAGCUCGUCGCACAAAAGGAAGGCCAGGCGGUCUCUAUGCAGACUGGCGAGGCUUAUGAUGCCCACGCUCCACCCUUGGUGAAGCGUACACUUAGUCUGAAUGAAGCGGAUGAGGGAGCUAGGCGGUCUAUGGCUCGUCGCAAGAAGAACGCUCCCCCCAUGAACAUCAACACCAAGUGCUCUCACUGUGACAAGAUCUUCCAGAGACCUUGUGAUUUGACGAAACAUGAGAAAACGCACUCGCGUCCAUUCAAGUGCCCCUUUGAAGGAUGCAAGUACCACGAGCUUGGAUGGCCUACCGAGAAGGAGAACGAGCGUCACGUCAACGAUCGUCAUUCGACCACUCCCCGCAUGUACGCCUGCACGUUCAACGGUUGCGCAUACAAAUCGAAGAGAGAGAGUAACUGCAAGCAGCACAUGGAGAAGGCUCACGGCUGGAAUUAUGUGCGUGCCAAGAACAAUGGACGCAAUGCUAAGCGGCGGGCUACUUCGGCUCGCGCUAGUCCAGCUGAAGACAGCACCGCUCAGUCGAGCCCACUGCACAUGAGCCCUGACCAAGUCAGCCCUGUUCAGCUGGCCCCCGCUCAGUUGGCUUCUCUCCAAAUGGCUUCGGAUAUCAGCUCUUUGCAGAUGACUCCGGACCAGGUCAACUUGCUGCAGAUGAAUGCUGACCAUAUGAGCCCUCUCCAACUGAGCCCGGACCAUAUGAGUCCACUCCAAAUGACCCCCGACCGUGCCAGCCCUGCCGAAAUGCUCUCCCUUCAGAUGAGCCCGGAUCAGGGCAGCUCGGUUCAAAUGAGCCCACCCCAAGUCAGUCCCGCUCAGCUCAGCACACCGGCAACGGGCCCUCUCCAAUCCCCGGGAUUUGUCAACAACUAUUCGCAAAACCCGAUGUUGCCGCUGCAGGACCCGUACUCUCAGCUGAAGCACGAAGACUGCGUCUUGUAUACCGACAAUGACUUUGCCCCUCUCAACGGAACGACAGACUUCUUCGAGGAUGCCUCCUUCGGGUACGGUGAGCAUAUGUACCAGCCUGGCCAGAUGGACUUUAGCUCCAUUGGAGCUUUUUACGAUGACUCCAUCAUGAACAGCAUGCUCUUCGACACUGCUGCCAAUGGCAACAACAACAACUUUCCGGAUGAGAGCAUGUACAUGUUCAACCAAACGCAGAUGCCACCGUUUUAG